ACGGUAAAAACAAAAGAAGCUCAAGUUCACCUGAGCGUUCUCCACGCACAUAGAGAGUAUUGUGGUGAUAAGUGUGCACGUUUUGUCUUGAUCUCCCCUUGUUUACAAUUGCCUAUUACAAACGUAUUAGUACGAAUAUAACAAAAACAAUAACACAUCAACAUUUGUAAACAAAUCUCGACAUGGAUUAUUCCAGCUCAGACGAGGAAGAAUAUAAUUUUCAGCGGUACUACCUGGAUGACAUGGAUGACGUCUCAUUUCAUGCCUCGCCUCAAGUAUCAUCUCAUGUAGCGUCGGUUGAAGAAGAAGAUAUACCAGGACCAUUGGGUCUGCAGGAGCAACUCCAGACCAAGCGAAAGACAGGAGGAAAGGCGACAGGACAGACUGGUAAAAAGGCGAAGGACAAGACCGCAAGAAAGGCCAAAGGAAAGAAGGGUGAAAAUACAACAGACCAGGCGGACGGAGCAGCCAAAGGAAAGACGGGAGGAAAAGCAAAAGAAAAGAAGGGCGGGAAGGCAAAAGGAAACACGGGAGGAACAGCGAAAGAAAAGAAAGCACGAAAGGCGAAAGGAAAGGGGAAAACAAAAGCCAAGAAGUUUACAAUGGGUGGAGUGACAGGUCGCCGCGUUCCCUCUCAUAUUGCAGAAAGGAGAGCAGAACGUAUAGCCGAGCUAAGGACACUAAUUGCGGGGUUAACUGUUGACAGGAUGCGGGACGUGCUCCUGGGUGUUGUGGAAAGGGAGAGCGGCCUCGUGCUUGACUUACUUAGCUGUCCCCCCCGCGAAGAGCUGAGACCAAGCCCUCAGCCAGGAUGGUGCUCAUGUGGCAAUUGUAGGCCAAUGCAGAGGGAUAUUGAGGCCCUAUGUUGCGGUUUGGAGCCAGAAAAUUGCCUUUCUCGAUCACAGGUCAGUAUUCAGUCAAGACACGAUAGGUCUUGUCAUUAAAAAUCUAUAUCACCAUCCAAUUUCAAACCGUAAAUAAAAAAUUCCAUAUUGUAAGGUAAAUCAAUAUUUUUUAUAUGUCUACGCGGUUAUUACA